UUUUAAACAAGAAAAGCUGAUCGUCUGAUGCACUUUAACAAAUGGUGUUUUAGUUAAGCAUUUCAUUUUAAUUUUCAACAAUUUCAAUUUUAAAUUAUUCUAGUGUGUUGACUUGAUUUCAAUUUUAAUCACUUUUGCUCUAAACAUGUUCGUGGGCAGAAUAAGGACGUCUUGCUUUAACUUAACCGCUGUAAUAGCCUUUAAUAUCGCUGUGUUUACUAUAGUCCUUAUAUACGUUUUUUCAUGUAGAACUCCCAGGAAUACUACUUUAGGAAUCAAUUUACGAUUGUUUGGUAUGUUCAUGUCAGCACUUCUUUCGACUUUAUUUCUUAAGUCUGCUGGUUUUAUAACGGAAAAAGAACUUACUCCUAGUAUUGAAUACUCAAUUCCACUGUUCCUUGAGACUAUGGUGAUUCCCCUUGGGAUAACUUUAAUGCUUUUCACUGGGCCUCUUGCUGAUCGAGUCUUGAGCAGAACUCUUUUCACUGCACCUACACACUAUCAGAUAAAAGAAAAGUUUCGCAGUUACAUCAUUGGUCCAAUAAUUGAGGAAUAUUUGUAUCGAUUUUUGCUGACAUCACUACUGAUUAAAUGUUACUCGGUUGAGUCCACAAUUUUAAUAACAGCGAUUCUUUUCUCGCUCAGCCAUACUCAUCAUCAUUAUAUGGCACUGUUACGGAGUGGCUCAUGUGACUGGAGUGAAUUGGGCGUCCAUUCACUAUCAACCUUCCUCUUUGGAUUGUAUUCCGGCCUUCUUUUCGUUAGGACUAAAUCAAUUGUCUGUUUGUCAUUGAUUCAUGCCUUUUGUAACUGGAUGAGUGUAGUUAGAUAUAGUCGACUCUGGACUAAAAUUUAUAAGCUCUUUGCAACCCUAAUUGGCCUGAUUUCUGGAUUUACUCUUUUAUAUAUUUUCACAAAGGAUUACACUCAAUAUCGCGCUUUGAUUUAUUAUGGAUAGUUCAAUAUCACACCAAUCAUGAAUUUUCAUAUACUUGACGAAGCUUUUCGCAAAAUUUCUUACAUUUAUCAUCAAUAGCUUCACAUCGAACUCUGACUUUUUAAGAACUGUGAUAAUGAUCUAUGACAUUAAAACAAUCUGAAACUUAAUAAAUUUAAAUUAGUUGAAAAAAACA